AUGGAGAAGGUGGAGGCUGCUAGGGCUAGUCUCUCAUGUAUGGGUCAGGCUGAGUGGCUGGAACUAGAUUGUAACCACUCAGAACUCAAAGUAGUGAUAUUACUUCAUUGCCAUCAUUCUCCCCUUAAGGUAUUUUCUCAUCACUGGUUCACUCAAGGAUAUGCUUGUGAAGAACACUUGGUGACAACUGUGGAUGGUUAUGUUCUCAGUGUGCCGAGAAUUCCGGUGGGGCUGUCACAGGAGCCAUGGGGCAAUAGGCCACCGGUUCUGCUACAACAGGAUGGCAUAACGUGGUUACUGAUUAUGAAAAUCGGUGAUUUUUUUUUUCCACCAAACAGUAUUUGUACAAACUUGGGAUCUUUGAAUUCAGUCUGAGAGGGUAUGUGCCUCCUCCUAUUAUCUCUUUUUUAUUGUCCUUGCUUUAUCUUGGUGGUUGGAAUUAGAUCAGAACUACCAAGACUGAUUCAAAUACUUGCCAUCAAUCCUAAUGCUUUUCUGCUUCCGUUUUCUCAGAAUAAGAAAGCAUAUGAAUCAGUUGUGAUGGCAAUUUAUAUAUGCAUGAGAACAUGAUUGGUUCCACUUCAUAUUUUUGACAUGUUUGAAACAGGGAUGCUGUAAUACAGUUUCUUAAGGACGUGUGCAAAAAAACCAGGCAUUGAUUGCAUUAACUUGUUGACCACUUUCACAGGUUCCCUUUUCCCUCUCAAAUCUCCAUAUUUGACAGUUCUAAAAUCCAAAAUAUGUUGACCUUCAAAUGUUUUUUGGCCCUAACUGCUGCUUAAGCCGAUCAAUUGUCAAUAUAUUUUUGGAUCAUGAGCCUCAGUCAACACUCAACAGCAACAAGGAACGUGAUUCAUUUCAGUAGGGCUAACUAAGCCCAUGUCAAAAAAUAAAAGUGAACAUGAUUCAUCUAUCUCAGAGUAAGUAGUCAUGUUUUCAUGAUUAAAUACCAUACAUAACAACAAUA